AUGUCAGAGACAUUCGAUGUAGAGCAUGUUCUAGUAAACAUCAGCGACCAGGACAAGAUCGCUCUUUUAUCCGGAAUUGAUUUCUGGCAUACACAUCCUAUCCCCGAAUUCAACGUCCCCUCGAUUCGCGCCACUGACGGUCCCAAUGGUAUUCGGGGCACGAAAUUCUUUGCCGGUAUCCCCGCCGCAUGUUUGCCCUGCGGCACAGCUCUAGGGGCUACUUGGGACCGAGAUCUGAUAUACCAAGCUGGGAAGCUGCUGGGUGACGAGUGUAUUGCGAAAGGGGCCCAUUGUUGGCUGGGCCCCACAAUCAAUAUGCCGCGCGCUCCCCUCGGUGGCCGCGGGUUUGAAUCAUUUGCGGAAGAUCCGCAUCUGUCGGGAAUUUUGGCAAAAUCAAUCAUCCUCGGAUGCGAAAGCAAAGGAAUCAUUUCCACGGUGAAACAUUUCGUGGGAAACGACCAGGAACAUGAACGCCGAGCGGUGGAUGUCCUCGUUACCCAGCGAGCCUUACGUGAGAUCUACCUACGACCUUUCCAGAUUGUGGCGAGAGACGCGAAGCCCGGUGCGCUCAUGACAUCCUACAACAAGAUCAAUGGGAAGCAUGUGGUGGAAGAUGCGCGUAUGCUCAAUCUGAUCCGCGAGGAGUGGAAGUGGAAUCCGCUGGUUAUGAGUGACUGGUACGGGACCUAUACAACCGUCGACUCCAUGAAUGCGGGCCUUGACCUGGAGAUGCCUGGGGUGUCCAGAUACCGUGGAAAGUUUAUCGAGUCCGCCGUGCAGGCUCGACUGAUCAAGCAAUCCACUAUCGAUGCACGAGCGCGAAAAGUAUUGGAAUUCGUGAAGCAAGCGAGUCAGGUACAAGUGUCAGAAGUGGAGCGAGGACGGGAUUCCCCCGAGGAUAGAGCGUUGAAUCGCAAAAUCUGUGCGAACAGCAUUGUCCUCCUCAAGAACGAAGGCAUCUUGCCCCUCCCCAGGGAGAUCAGAAAGAUCGCCCUAAUCGGAUCUCAUAUGAAGACUCCCGCUAUAUCUGGUGGUGGCAGUGCGUCGCUUGAGCCAUAUUACUCUGUCUCGUUAUACGAUGCCUGCAGGGAAGCACUUCCCAACGUGGAGGUGCUCUAUGAAGCGGGCGCAUACGCCCAUAAAAUGCUCCCUGUGAUAGACCGUCUCCUAAGCAAUGCUGUCAUUUAUUUCUAUAACGAGCCGAUGGGCGGCGAGCGACGUUUGAUCAGCACCGAGCCUGUAUCAAAGACGGCCUUUCAGUUCAUGGACUACAAUGCUCCUGGCCUCAAUCGAGGGCUCUUCUGGGCCAGACUGAUUGGCGACUUCACGCCCGAUACCUCCGGGCUUUGGGACUUCGGCCUCAGUGUCUUUGGUACCGCAAAUCUCUACAUUAACGACGAGCUCUUGAUAGAUAACACCACGAGCCAGACGCGGGGGACUGCAUUCUUCGGCAAAGGUACUGUUGAGGAGCUGGGAUCGAAGGAAUUGGUUGCUGGGACUACAUACAGAAUUCGGAUUGAGUUUGGUUCUGCCAACACCACCACGAUGAAAACAGUGGGAAUGGUAAAUUUCGGUGGCGGUGCCGCAAAUCUGGGGGCCUGUCUACGGAUGAACGUGGAUGAGAUGAUCGACAAUGCCGUGGAUGCUGCUGCAAAGGCCGAUUUCACUAUUCUUUGCACAGGGCUCAACAAGGACUGGGAAUCUGAAGGGUUCGAUCGCACGCAUAUGGAUCUGCCACCGGGAGUUGACCGGUUGAUCUCAAAGGUGUUGAAGGCCGCCGCAGACAAGACCGUCAUUGUCAACCAGUCCGGUACACCAGUUACCAUGCCAUGGGCCGAUCAAGCCCGAUGCAUCGUGCAGGCCUGGUAUGGAGGCAACGAGACGGGUCAUGGAAUUGCCGAUGUCCUAUUUGGGGAAGUCAAUCCAUGCGCAAAGCUGCCCUUGUCUUGGCCUGUCGAUGUGAAACACAACCCGGCCUACCUGAACUACGCCAGUGUAGGUGGCCGAGUACUGUAUGGCGAAGAUAUUUACGCAGGUUAUCGAUUCUACGAGAAGACUGAACGAGAAGUCCUCUUUCCAUUUGGUCACGGCCUGUCAUACACGACCUUCACGGUUUCCCCGAGUGUUACUGUCACCCCUGAGGUUUUCAACAUGGACCACCCUGCGGUUGCCACCGUGAAGAUCAAAAACACGGGCAAGUUGGCGGGCGCCCAGAUUCUCCAACUUUACAUUUCUGCACCUGAAUCCCCAACGCCGCGCCCAAACAAGGAACUACAAGGUUUUGAAAAGAUAUUCCUACAGGCCGGGGAAGAAAAAACAGUUGACAUCCAGCUUGACCGAUAUGCGACCAGCUUCUGGGAUGAGAUCGAGGACAUGUGGAAGAGCGAGCAAGGGACUCUAGAUACAUGGGGCGCAAAAAUCCUAGAUGCAGUAGAGCGCCAAGAACGGCUUCUGUCAGAGAGCCUGUCGUUGAACCGGGGCCCUCCUCUUUUCUCGCAACAGGCAUCGCCAUCCCCAGUGGACGAAGUAGAUCCCGAGGCAAUCUCGCGCAAUGAUGCACUCAAGACGCCUAUUACUGGAUCAGAUAUGAUUCUCAGCUGGCCUAUUUUCCCGCAAGAGAAGCCUGUGUCGACUUUCCCAAUGGCAGCGUAUGCCGAGAAGCCAGAUCGCUUUCAGACGGCUUUACCAAUCUUAGAUCCCCAAAGGCUUCUCGAACUGCGCGAUAUCUUCAUGACCAAGAUCUGGACCAAGAACCCGAUCGUUGACCCCGAGCAGCUAGACUUCUAUAUCGCUCGAGUGUUAGAAAAUGGAAUUGAAUGGUCCGCCUCUUCAUGCUUGGUGCUACUGAUCUUUGCGCUUGCGGCUAUCUGGGGAAAUUAUCCCGACGAUGAAACCCGCGAGGUCUCGUAUAAUGAACCAUCCUUCAGUCCACCGGUCACUUACCUGUCAAUGUCAGUACCGGAGCACCGAAUGAAGGAAUCGUUGACCUUCCUCGCUAUGGCGCGUAAGCGCAUCUCAACUGCGUAUCUUGACGAUACUUUACUAGGAGUGCAGUGUCUCUGUUUAUUUGGGAUUUGGUAUCAGUACAACAUUGAGCCGAUGCCGGGCUGGAAAAUGUUCCGGACAGCAUCCAUGCUGUGGCAAACAUAUCGUUUGAAACACCGUGAGGGAAAGACGAUUAGAAGUGCGCAGGAAGAGAGUGGCGAGGUUCGCUAUGAACUGACAGACCUUCCGCCCUGCGACCUCAGUCUGUCGGACUUUCCUUAUUCUCUACCGAGCUUCCCUACGAGACACUUAUCGAACGAUACUCCUGGGAGGAUGUUCUCCAGUCCCUCAUCCACAGACCUUGAAGCAGAAUCUUCCUACUAUUAUCUGGCCGAGAUAUUCUUGCGCAGGCUUCUCAACCGGGCCCGCAAUGCGGUUCGCGUGCUCUCGCCCGAGAUCGAUCUGCCGACCAUGAAGGCUCUGGCAGAAACCCUGGCGCAGCUGGAAGGUCAACUCCAGCAGUGGGUAGACUGUCUCCCACAUACACUCCGCUUCAACAUGCCUCUGGAAUCCGCCCCCGGGCCGAAGGAGGGCGAGCUCAUGAAGCUAAGCCGGGAGAGAUACGUCGAGGUGCGCGAGUUGCUCUGCCGCGCGUAUCUAUACCUUUGCAUCCACGUACCACUCGACCCAGGGAUGGCGGCGCUGUAUGGCGUCAAAGCGAGUGAGGCGUUGCUUUUGGCAGUCUAUCGUAUCCAGACCGAGGUGCCAUUUUUCCGACAUCCGGGCUCAUGGGGAGCUUGUCGAGUCCGAUUCAACCAUGCGCUUUGCCUUAUUGCAGGAUUUCGCGCAAAGCUGACGCAGCGCCCCUCGGCUGAGUAUAUGAACAUUCCUCCCGACUGGGCAGACUGUGUGCGCGUGGUGAUUGAGCGGUUGAAGAUCUGGGGCGAGGAGGGCAGUGGAAUUAAAGAGUUGAGUGUCCUGCUGGAGUGGCUAAUGCAUGGCAACUUGGAUAUGUAG